UAUCAGUGUCAACUUUCAAUGAACAUCCAUUAAUGUCUCUAUUACUAUAUAUAUAACCAUGUAAAAAUAGUAAUUUGCAAAGCCACAUAAAGCUUUGAGACAUUCACUUAGAGACACCAAACUAAUAAGAUUAACAAUAAUGGCGAAGAUUUCUCUCUUGUUCCUUGCCUUGGUUGCUUUAGGGUUUGUUGUUCAUGUUUCUGUAGCUGCUAAGGAUCAUGAUAAAGGUCCUGGUAAGCGCUUUGAUGAUAAAAAGAUUGGCAUUUAUGAGCUCAAGAAGGGGAAUAUGUCUUUGAAGUUUACCAAUUGGGGUGCAACUAUUAUCUCUGUGUUUCUGCCGGAUAAGAAUGGAAAGAUUGAUGAUGUUGUUCUUGGAUAUGAUUCUGUAGAUUAUUACAAGAAUGAUACAGUUUACUUUGGUGCGAUUGUUGGAAGAGUGGCUAACAGGAUCGGAGGUGCUCAAUUUAAGUUAAAUGGAACUGUGUAUAAGUUGGUUGCUAAUGAAGGGAAAAACAUGCUUCAUGGUGGGAAAAUUGGCUUCAGUGAUGUUGUUUGGAAUGUGAAGAAGCAUAAGAAUGAAGGUCCUGCUCCCUACAUUGUCUUUGAAUAUCACAGCUUUGAUGGAGAAGAGGGAUUUCCUGGCAAUCUCCAUGUCAGAGUGACUUACGCCCUUUCUGGAGACAAUCAACUGACUGUAAAAAUGAAAGCUAAAGCUGAAAACAAGGCCACUCCUGUUAAUCUUGCACAACACACCUAUUGGAACCUUGGUGGACACACCAGUGGUGAUAUCCUUUCCGAAGAAAUCCAAAUCUUUGCUUCGAAUUACACACCAGUUGACAGUGAUCUAAUUCCCACUGGCCAAAUUGUAACUGUAAAAGGAACUCCCUUUGAUUUCCUCAACUCACACGCCAUUGGCGACUACAUCAACAAGCUCCCUAAAGGUUAUGACAUUAACUAUGCUCUAGAUGGCGGUAAGGGAAAAAACAUGAAGGUGGUGGCAAUAGUGAUUGAUAAGAAAUCCGGAAGAAAGAUGGAGCUGACGACAAAUGCACCUGGUGUGCAGUUUUACACAGGUAAUCUGCUUAAAGAAGUUAAGGGGAAAGGUGGGUUCGUGUAUCGUGCUCAUGCUGCAUUAUGUCUGGAGACUCAACAUUUCCCAGAUUCUGUGAACCACCCAAACUUCCCUUCAACAAUUAUAGCUCCAGGAAAGACAUACAAGCAUAUAAUGGUUUAUAAAUUUUCAAUAUCAUCUUAGUGUGGUAGAUGAUGUUUCAAUAUUUAACCUCUCUUUUAGUACUUUUUCUGACAAAACUUUGAUUAUAGUGUAUUACAAUUCGAGUGUGUAUGAUUUGAGAUUAUGUACCAUUAUGUUCCAACCCAAUGAAUUAAUAAAAAUAUAGCAAAAAAUAUUUAGCCUCAA